AAGAUGUUUGGGCAACCCUACCACUUUAAAAGAAGACCAAUUUUUUUCAAAACAAAUUUAAGUAAUUUUUAAUGAAAUUUUAGUGAGUGACAUUAGUUAUAAAUUAAUAGCCCGUUUAGUUAAGGCAAUUUAGGUGCCUCUAUUUAACGGAAACGCCUUGCUAAAGACGCGUAAAGAAACCGUGCCCUUGUCUUGAAGGCGGCAAAAAAAAGAGAAGAAAAAACGUGCGGUGCGGUGUGGUUUUCAGGCGAGGUGUAUGCAGCAGCACACACAUUGUAAUUAGGUUAAAAGGCAGGCAACAUAUAAGCAUAACACAGUUUGCAAGAGUUGGAUUAUUAAGCCAUGUCGCAUCAACAGCAGCAGCAGGGAAUGGACUCGGCCUUGUUCGAGCGCCGAUUGAGGCCGGUUUAUGACAAUUUGGAGGUGGGCAACAAUCGAAAAGCUCUACAAGAAUCGGAAAAACUGCUUAAGAAACAUCCCAAUCUAUUCUGUGCACGUGCUCUGAAAGGUCUUUCAUUGCUUCGUUUGGGCCGCUAUGAAGAAAGCCAUUCAUGUCUGCAGGCAGUGGCCGAGGAGAAGCCAACAGACGAUUCAACGCUGCAGGUUCUCUCGUUCUGCUAUAGAGAAAUGGAACAAUUGGACAAAAUUGUAGAGCUAUAUCAGCAUGCGGUCAAACAAAAUCCUGGCAAUGAAGAACUUUUGGCCCAUCUUUUCAUUUCGCAUGUCCGUGUGGAGGACUAUAAAGCCCAGCAGGCAGUCGCUUUGCAAUUAUACAAGACUCAGCCGAAGAAUGCGUAUUAUUUUUGGUCCGUAAUCAGUGUAGUAUUCCAAGGAAUACGUGGACCCGAAUCGGCAAUUCCUGAAAAGAGAAAAAUCUAUUUAGCUCUCGCCCAACGUAUGGUGGAUAAGCAUAUAAAAGAGAGCAAAAUGGAGACGGAACAAGAAGCAUUCCUCUAUUUGCAUAUACUUAAGUUGCAGAAUAAAUAUCAAGAGGCUUGGGAGUUUCUAAACGGCGAGUUAUGUGCUAAAUUAUAUCCUGGAGCACCUGUCAGCAUGAAAUUUGAGCUUCUGAAGAAACUGGGCAACUGGCAGAAGUUGAAUGAGCUGCUCCAAGAACUACUAGACGCAGACCGUGACCGCUGGGAUUACUAUAAGGAAUACAUACAAUCUAGUUUCGAGCUACUUGAAACACCAUCGGAGGAUCAAAUCAACCCAGAUAAACAAGGUUUCCUCGCAUCAUGCCAGGCAUUUCUGGAACGCAUCAUUGAAACCUCAGAACGCAAGAAGCGUGGACCCUAUCUAGCACGUUUGGAGCUGCAUCAACGCAUGCGGGCGGUGCAAAUGCCAGCCGACAAAUUAAUUGGUGACUUUGACGAACUAAUCAUUGAGUAUUUCCAAUUGUUUGGCGACAAAUCCUGUUGCACCCAUGACAUAGCACUAUUUUUGCCAUCAAUCAGCAUGAAACAACGUCAGGAUUUGGCCAGUAAGCUGUUGGCAGAGUGUGACAUCAGCUCGUCAUCGCUGCCACAGAAUAAGGAGCAUAUGCAAAAGCAUAUUUGUGCCUUACAAAUUUCCCGAAUGUGUGGCUCACACUUGGAUCUACCAGUUGAUCAUUUACUUGCCUUCUAUACGGCACUUAAACUUCAUUAUGAGCAUGGUAGAAGUACAUUUGGCAAACAAUUACUGGCCACCGAGAUGGGACCGUCGGAUCCUUAUGCCUUGCUAGCGGCAAAUGUUAUGUACGACAUUAGCCAGCGGGAAAACAAAUCUGAUCAGUUAUUCGAAGCAUUAUGCCUGUUGCAAUAUGUCUUACGAAAUAGCACUAGCAAUUUUCAUGUCAAAUUAUUGAGUCUGAAAAUCUAUCACAUGUUUGGCUGCCUUCUGGGAGCACAGGAGAUGUACGAUUACUUGGAUAUUAAGCAAAUCCAAUUGGAUUCCAUGGGCUAUGCACAUUGCCAGUUGCUGCCAUUAUCGGGCCGCUUUGCAGGAGCACGAAAUUGCUAUGAUGCCACAUUAAAGUUCUUUACCAACAGUUACAAGGAGAGAUUAGAGUAUAUUGCUCUUACGUAUAGAUUUUGUACAUUCUCGAAAAUGGAAGAGUUUUUGAACUUCAAGGAAAGGCUUACCAAUAGCCUUCAAUACGUUUCGUGUUCGGUGGAGGCACAGAUCUGUGAUUUGGUCAGUUGUUAUGGCAAUGUGCAGCAGAAUUUAUCUUCCUAUAUGGCCAUGAGUAUUGAGCCUGCCGAGGAUCGCAUUGCGUGGCAUGAAUUGAGCGAUAAUCGUGACCUGGAGGCCAUAAUACGUUGGGAUCCCUUGCACUUGGUGGACACGGAAGCGCAGCGCAAAGAAUCUUUUGAUCAGGAGGUUGAAGUAUUGCAAAUACGCUCCCUAAUGUUGCGUCUCUUUGCGGCAUUUAUUGACUUAAACCACGGCACCAAGAACAAUAGUGGAGAAGGUAGCGGGAAGGCAACGGCUACCUUAGAACUUUUACGUGAUUCGUGGACUGGUUUAUAUCAACGGUUAAGGUUAAUGAACUAUAAGCCCUUAUCGCAAACAUUUCUAGUCAAUUUAUUGCCAACUCGUUUGCAUUUGCUUUUGGAGUUACCCUACGAAAGUUUUAUGGAUGAUCUGGCUCAAUUGGUGCUAGACUUGCAUAGCGGAGCUAACCGACUAACAGAACAAUGCAAACGGAUGGGGGACAAUGUGGUGCUUGUAAUGGAAUUGUUUGUCCACACAAUUACAGAAAGCAAUGAAUGGAAUGGCAUGGAUGGACUAUGGAAACGGAGGGAGCAUCAGCAGAAGGUUGCCGCCUGCUUAGAAUUGCUUUCUCUAUAUGCUUUUCUUUUGUCAGUUCUGAAUGAGAAACUGCAGGUCAUUUCCAAGACAAAGACAAAGAAAAACAGAUCAUCGGCAGACAAUAAGAAUCAGGAUGCAACUAUAAGCGAAAAAGAACGCGGCCAAAUGGUUCAUGAGCUAAUGCGCCAAUUAAAACAUAAAUUGGAGGCUUGUGAUGCUGCCAUACGUACAUGGAAAGCUCCAGUGCUGCCCCGGGAUCUUAGCUCUUUUAUGGCUGAUAUGUCUCUGAAACCCGAAGUGGAAGCCACAUUAAUUGGAGAUGUUUCGGCAACAUUUAAGGAAUCCCAUGAACUAAUGGUUACCGAAUUGCGUAAUCUUUUAAAAGAUAAAAUUCGUAUGUCUGCCAAGUAGAUAAAGUGCGUACCACCACAACUCUAACCUUCUCCUCUAUUUAGUUUGUUAUUUAAUUGUAAACAAAAAACAAAAAAGGAAAAAAAAACAAAACGAAAUUUUCAUAAUUCACAUAAAUUUUUUGUCCCCUUAAUACAACGCUCAAUAUUGAUGUAUUUAUGUAAAAUUGCAAUAAAACCCAAACAAAUUGUAUAAGACUUAAGUAUGGCAAUACUUGAGUAAAAAGA